CAAUUCAACCCCUUUAUAAUAUGAUUCUAUGUGGCAUCUCCGCCGGCUACCACUUCACUUUUCAUUUCAUUAUAUAAUAUAAAUAGGCCGUUAUAGCAUUGCACAUUAUUAAACACAAUUCCCCUAUGCAUUGCAUAUAUAUGAGCUUAUAAUAACAUUAAUUAUCAUUCAGUAAUGGACUUUAAUCUGAAGCUUCUCUUCACUUUCUUCUUCUUCACGGUCUCCCUCUUUUCAGGACAAGGAUCCGCCGGUGGGUAUUACAGUAACCGCCACCACCGGAGCCACCGUUUACGGGCGACGAAACUAUUUGUUUUUGGAGAUUCAUAUGUUGAUACCGGCAACAUUCUGGUUCCGUUUUCAAGUGCUCAACAAUUUCCUUAUGGAAUCACUUUCCCCGGAAAACCCAGUGGUCGGUUUUCGGAUGGUCGUGUUCUGACUGAUUUUGCAGGGAAACAUUUGGGGGUGAAAUCUCCGAUACCAUUCAGUAUACGAAAUGAAGUUGGGGAGGAGAGAUUGAAAGAAUCGGGGAUAAAUUUUGCAUUUGGUGGAACAGGGGUUUUCGACACGUCGGUUCCUCUCCCAAAUAUGACAACACAAAUUGACUUGUUUGAACAACUUCGACAUGCCGAAUCUGGGUUGAGUAAUAGAGAUGUUCAUCUCUCUGUUGCACUUGUCUCUGUUUCUGGGAACGAUUACUCUUUUUAUCUUGCAACUAAUGGCUCUGCCCAGGGAUUAAAACCAUUCAUAAACUCAGUAGUGAAUCAAGUAAUGAUAGAUUUGAAGAGGAUUAAGAGGUUAGGAGUAAAGAAAAUAGUAGUGACGGGGCUAGGGCCAUUGGGAUGUCUUCCAAUAUUUACAGCUCCAUUCUCAUUCAAGCAAUGCAAUCAAACCAUAAACUCAUUUGUCCAAUUUCACAACUUUUUGUUGAAGCAAGCCGUGGAUAAACUCAACAAACAAAUUACUAACCAGCAACAUUCUUAUUCUUCUUCUUCUUCUUCUUCUUCUUCUUCUUCUUCUAAAAUCUUCAUUCUUGAUGUGUAUGAUGCAUUCUUGUCCUUGAUCCAAGGCCGUGGCAGUGGCAGAGUUGGGUUAUUAAAGUUCAAGACCCCAUUAAAGCCAUGUUGUUUUGGGGUGAGCAGUGGAUUUAACUGUGGGAGUGUGGAUGAAAAAGGGAAUAAAAAAUUUGUGUUAUGUAAUGAUCCCAAAUCAGCUUUCUUUUGGGAUUCAGUUCAUCCUACUCAAACAGGAUGGUCUCUUGCAUUUUCCUCUUUUACAUCAAUUCUCUAAUCACAUUUUGAUUUACUAUAAUUGUGUGAUAGUUCAAUCAUAAUUUGUUGUGACACAAAUGUUUUAUGUAUUUUUAAAUUUGUUUUUCUAUUGGAAUGAAAAUAAUGAUAAGUAUAAUGUAGAAUAUACUAAAGCAUUAUUAUCAUGAAAAUAAAGUUACCAUACUGGAUUGUGUUACCA